AUGUCUGCCAACAGCCACGUCCACAGCCACCACAAACACCUCAAAUGGUCCAACAAACAACCACCCGUCUUGACCGUCUCGUCCGGCGACGUGGUCACCUUCGACCUGAUCGAUAGCAGCAACGGCCAAAUCACUAUCGAUUCGGACACCUCGUCUCUCAGCUCCUUCCAGCUGGAACUCGCCGAUCCUGCCGUCGGUCCCGUAUACGUCCGCGAUGCAGAGCCAGGAGAUGCUCUCAAAGUCGAGGUCUUGUCACUUGAAAUGGGGAACUGGGGCUGGACGGCUGUUGUGCCUGGAUUUGGUCUGCUGGCGGAUGAUUACACCGAGUCUGAUUUGAAGAUCUGGAAAUUCGACCCGGAGGCUGGGUACGCCGAGCUGAAGCCCGGUGUGCGAGUAUCCCUGCGGCCGUUUCUAGGGAUAAUGGGUAUUGCGCCGUGUGCGGAUGGCGAGUUUUCUACUAUUCCGCCUACUGUCGUUGGAGGAAAUAUCGACUGUCGUGAUUUGGUCGUUGGUUCCGCGCUGUAUCUGCCUGUUCAGGUGCCCGGGGCGCUGUUUAGUUGUGGCGACGGUCAUGCAGCGCAGGGACACGGAGAAAUCUGUGGGACAGCUAUUGAGACGAACAUGAAGGCCAAAAUACGAUUGACGGUAUGCAAGAACCACCCCUGGGUUCAGUCACCGCAUUUGCUGCUCCCUCCUCAGCCGCUUGCGUCGCUCGUAUUUCCAGAUAAAGGACAAUAUGCGACAAUGGGGUUGGACCCGGAUCUAUUGCAAGCUACUCGCAAAGCGACGCGUUCCAUGAUAGAGUGGUUGGUCGCCACCAAGGGGCUUACGCGAUCGGAAGCGUAUAUCUUGGCUAGUGUUGCUGGGGACUUGAAAAUUGCAGAGGUUGUCGAUAUGCCGAACCAUGCUGUUACGAUGAGCAUGCCUUUGCACGUUUUUUCUUAA